CCUGGCCUCUGGGCGCUUCGCCCCGGGCAGAGGCAGAAGAUGGGGGAUGAGAAGGCGACAUCUCCCUCCCGGCCCGGCCUGGCCUCGGGCCUCAGCGAGGGUCGGUCGGGGUUGCAGUGUUCUCUCCGGGUCGGGAGAGGCGGCAGCUGCCACUCGCCUCGUCGGAAGGCGCGGACUGCGGGGCCCUCCGCGCGUUCUGCGGGCGGGAUUUCUUGCCCCCAUAGCUGGGGAAGGCAGCUCCGGGGUAACGCCGGCCCGGCGCGGAGCAGCCUCUCCGGUUACCUGAAGCGGGGCGAGUCCUUCAGACACUCCUCGAAAUCCACCGUCAUCUUCAUCCUGCCUCCGCCUCGCCUUGCAAGCUGCACUAGAAGAGCCGGGGGAGUCGCGGAAGCGGCUGCACUGGAGACCCACACGGCUACGGCUACGGCGAGCAAACGGGCACGACUAGCGCUGGGCGUAGCUGCUGAGGGCGCGUCGCCCGCUGAUCAUAAUAGCCGCGAAGACCGCGACGGCAGCGACUGCACGUCAGGCCCCAGUCCGGCCCCUCUUCCUCCCGCCCCCAGCAGAAACCGGCCUCAAGGAAAAGGUCCGGGACUGACGGCCUCCGCCAGCCAGCCAGGAACCCGGAGGCCAAUGGGAGGGGCUUCCGGUAGCACCGCCUGCGGGCGCUCGGGCAACGCGCCUGAGCGGCGGUAGCGUUAGCCAAUGAGCAGCGCGACCGUGGGUACCUUGCCACAAGUGUCCCUGAGGGCCAACCAGGAUACGCGGACGUCGUUAGGCGGGACGCACCGGUUGCUGGGGGGCCGGCAGCCGAGGCUCCUUUGGAAGGAAGUCACGUGCCCGAGCACCGCCCAGUCCUCCGAGCCCCCGCCUUCUCUUCGGCUUCUCCAACCCCACCUUGCAGAGCUGCCAACGCGGAGGAGCCGACGCCUGCAGUUUUUCUAGGAGCACUGCAAGAUACUCAGCAUCCGAUCCUCACACUAAUCCUACAACACAGAUGAGUUCAUCCAUCCACAAAGGAAUUUUGUCCAUUGCUUCAGCUCUCUCAGUCCCAUCCUGGUACAGGAUGUUUCCUCUGCCUCAAUGGGCCUCCUGCCUUUGCAUGCCUGGACCAGCCCUCCCUCUUCUGUAGUGAUUCUUGGUCCAUGUAGUCCUGGUGAGGAGUGAAGGUAAGAUCCAAGUCAGCCCAGUCCUCCCUCUGCACUCUGCCAUCUUCAUCCUCACUCCCUCUCCAAUGUACACACAUGGUGAUAGUUCUGAGAACAAGCAGCUCAAGACCCAGACUGGGCCAAUCAGGGUCCUGCUGCGGAUUUUGCCAAACUGUAAGGGAAAGGCAUUCUCUUUGGUGUCUCAAGCCUCUAAGGAUGCUGUAGACCAUGUUCCAGCAGCCAGUUCUACUAUCAGCUAGAGAAAAUGAGGCCAGCACAGAGAGCAGAAGAGUCAAAAGGUGGAGACAGAGUCCUACUGAGAUUCCAGCCAUAUAUAAAGUAAAAUCUACCUCUGGUCUUUAUAGUCAUAUAAGCCAUAAAUUCCUAUUUUGCUCAAAAUUUAGUUUGUCGCUUGUACCAAAAGACUCUUGAUAUACAAACCUCCUAUAAACAUACUCUCUGAUUUUCUAAGAUAUUUGUAAUCUCUGUCAUUACAACAUUCUUUAUACAAUGCCUCAAGAAUCUGAUAAAUUUAGAAAGACUCAAUACUGGUGUAACAAAAUGUGUAAGGACAAAAGUAACAAAUCAAUCAUCGGGUUAGCUGACAAAUGAAGGCACAGACCUUGUCAGUAUUGUUGGUAACUCUUGUCUUCAGAUCUGCAGAGGACCUCAUGGUAACAUUGGAGGCUCCUAAGGAAUGAACUAUGUCAUAUCAAGUUUUCAUUGUACUUGUUACUUUUCAGGUAAAGUGACUUCAAUCUCAAUACAACCUUGUACAUGUAGUACUGUGGCAGUGCUAUUUCUGCCAUCUUUGCAUAAUAAUAAAAAGGCAGGUGUUUUCAGUAGUGUACUGUGAUUUGAUAUCCACAUAUUCACCCUAUUUCAUGUAUUAUAACCUCCCCCUUACUUUCACAAUAUUUAGCAGACCUUAUUUUUGCUGUUUGAAUAUAAGAUGGAAAUUAGAGUAAUGUGUAAUUGAAGCAAACCAGAUUAAGAACAAAGCCCUUCUAAAACCCAGCUGCCAACCAACUAGUCACCCACUUACUUAAUUUGUUCCCUUAGAAUUGAAUAGCAGCCAAAAGCAAAUUCUCCUCAAAACUGGAUUAAGAAGCAUGUGGAUAACAAAAUACUUUUAAACAAGUCUUCCCAUAUCAAUAAAUAGCUUGAAAGGAAGAAGCAGAUGAAAAAAAUCCCUGGGAAUUUAUGAAAACUUGGCAGAGAUGUUUAUCAUUUGGGUUAUGCAAGAAACUAUCCUGAUAAUAAAUAAGCAC